AUGCAAAGUGAUCUACACAAAAUCAUCGUCUCACCACAACCACUGACCUCAGAUCAUGUCAAAGUUUUUGUUUAUCAAAUCUUGAGAGGUUUGAAGUACCUUCAUUCGGCGAAUGUUCUGCACCGAGACAUUAAACCUGGCAACCUUUUGGUUAAUAGUAAUUGUAUCCUCAAGAUCUGCGACUUUGGACUGGCACGGAUGUGGGAUUCUCGUGAGCAGCAGAAUAUGACGCAUGAGGUGGUGACCCAGUACUAUCGUUCUCCUGAGCUGUUGAUGGGUGCACGUAAGUAUACGUCUGCAGUUGACGUCUGGUCAGUUGGAUGCAUUUUCGCUGAACUGUUAGGCCGUAGGAUAUUGUUCCAAGCACAAGGACCAAUUGAGCAGUUGAAUAUGAUCAUUGAUCUGUUGGGUACACCAAGCGCCGAUGAGAUGAAGAAUGCUUGUGACGGUGCCCGGAAUCAUGUUCUGCGAUCACCAUACCGACAACCGAACACUAUGCGUCUUUACAGUUUAUCGCAUCAAGCAACACAUGAAGCCGUUCAUCUGCUCAGUUCACUGCUCGUUUUCGAUCCCGACAAGCGAAUAGGCGUUGAGGAUGCGUUGGCUCAUCCCUACUUGGAAGAGGGCCGUAUGCGUUUUCAUUCGUGUAUGUGUACGUGUUGCUAUACGACACCCACAAAUAAUCGUGUCUUCACGAAUUGUUUCGAUCCCACGCACGAGCAGCCUUUCGACCCGAAAUGGGAGAAAGAACUGUCACGAAUGUCGAUGUUCGAUCUACGUGAUCGUAUGUAUAAAUAUGUUACCGAACGGACACCUUUAUACGGUGUUCCACUGUGUAUUAAUCCAAAUUCAGCAGCUUACAAAAAUUUCGCAAGGUAA